ACAACUUCCCUCCUAGGCAUUCGUUUUUAAUUCGACCAUUCUACGCUCAAUUGUCGAGAAUCGGACACUGGGAAGAUAAUCCAGGCGCUCAGCAAGUUUGACGUUCUUAUGAAUGCUUUGUUCGAAUUGUGUACAUUGAAAUAAUUGAAGUCAUUAUGUGUAUUUAUGUUUGCACAGUACAAUAACGAUGAUAAGAGUGAAAUCGGAUAACUAAUCUCACAGGGAGCAAUGAGUGCCAUCAUUUCGUUUAGAUAGUCCCUUAUUUUAUGACAGAGGAACGUUCUUAGGUGAAAUGGGACACCCUGUCAACAGAGAUCAUCCCAGGACAAGUGCGAACUUUAUGUCCGUUAUUUUUUACAUUUUUACCUUCGAUACCUUCAGGAGAGGAUACAAAAGACAAUGGACACCAGAUAACCUCUACAAAACCACACAUGACUUGGAAAGUAACGGUUUGGCUGAUCAAAUUGAGAAGAGUUGGCAAAACGAAAAAGGCAAAUGCUCCAAACGCAACAAAAAUCCAAGUCUUCUUCUUACCUUGCUGAAAAUGUUUUGGAAAGAGUUACUGUGUGCAGCAAUUAUGCUUGCUAUUGCCCAAAUAGUUUUGAGAUUGGCAGAGCCAAUUCUGCUAGGGAAAUUGUUGAACUAUUUCAAAGAAGAAACCACAAUUACUAAAAGUGAGGCUUUAAAUUAUGGCAUCUACAUUUCAGUCGUUAUUGGUGCAAGAACAAUCUUCUACAACCAGUACAAAAUACACACAUAUAGAACGAUACUGAGAAUAAGAGUAGCUUGCAGUACCCUUGUUUACAGAAAGGUGUUGAACUUGAGUCUCUCCUCCUUGCAACAAUCUACAAGUGGGCAAAUAGUCAAUUUCAUCUCUUAUGACUUGAAUAGGUUCGAUUCUGGUACAGAUUUGAUCCAUUUUGUGUGGGUGGCACCUUUAUUUGUGCUCUCGAUAGUUUAUAUCCUGUAUGUUGAAACUGGAUUGGCUGGGUUGGUAGGAGUAAUGUGGUUCAGCUUUGUCGCUGUUUUACAGACGAAGAAUAUUUUCAUUUCAUAUCUGUAUGUUGUUGUUUGUAUACCCUCAAAUCACCUUGAAUCUCUACUCGUAUUUGAAAGUUUUUUUGACAUUUCAGGCUAUAACGGCAACUUGACGGCAUCUAUUUAUGGCAGAAUGAACAAGAAAUCGGGAAAUCGUCUCAGGAUAAUGAACGAAAUCAUAGCAGGUAUCCAAGUCAUUAAAAUGUACGCUUGGGAGAAAUCUUUCGAAAAACUAGUACAUCUUGCUAGACGCGAGGAGCUCGAUGUCUUGAAGAAACUCAACUACGUCCGAAACAUUUUUCUCUCUUUCUCUUCUAUCUGCAACCAUCUAGCUUUGUUCUUCACCCUUUGGGUUAUAAUAUCCAUGAAGGAAAACAUAACUUCUGCCAAGGUUUAUGGUCUUGUCGUUUACUACGGAGUCCUAAAUUACAUCGUUUCCGUAAUGUUUAUUUUAGGAAUAUCCAAGUCCGUAGAGAUAUUAAGAACAAUCAAGAGACUCAAUGACUUCCUGUUGAAAGAAGAAUAUGUGCCUAUUCAAAAUAUGGACAAUGGAGAUGGAACUAUAAUAGAACUUGAUAAUGUUGAAGCUAGAUGGAAUUCAUUCUCCUCGUUGCAAAGUAAUAUGGGAAAAUAUCCGAGAAGAAAAUUGAUCUCCAUCAGUGAUACCAGAUACGUUGAGAAGGAUCCUUUAUUGAAUAGAAUGAACAGUAGAUCUGUUUUGCAAAACAUAAAUAUGGCUCUGAAACAGGGAAAUCUCAUCGGAAUAGUUGGUCCAGUUGGCAGUGGAAAGAGUUCCUUAUUACAAAUUAUUUUAGGUGAACUUGAGCUCACUUCAGGCACCAUGAGGGUUCAAAAUUCAGUUUCAUAUGCUUCCCAAGAGGCUUGGACCUUUGCCGGGACAGUAAGAGAGAAUAUUCUGUUUGGACAAGCGUUUGAUGAUGAACGCUAUAGAGAAGUUGUGAGAGUGUGUUGUUUGGAAAGGGAUUUUGAAUUGCUUCCUAAUGGAGACCUUACAAUAGUUGGGGAUCGAGGUUCAGCUCUAAGUGGUGGGCAGAAAUCGAGGAUCAAUUUAGCAAGAGCAGUGUACAGACAGAAAAAUAUUUACUUGCUCGAUGAUCCAUUGUCAGCUGUAGAUGUACAGGUUGCCAAACACAUAUAUCAUGAAUGUAUUGAAAGAUUCUUGAAGAAUAAAUGUAGGAUAUUAGUAACACACCACAUUCAUCAUUUAAGGACUUCAGAUUACAUAAUAGUUCUAUGCGAUGGAUCAAUACAGGACACCGGGAACUACAGUGAGUUGAUAUGCAGAAAUGUUACAUUGCAAAACAGUAACUUUCUUUCCAGAAAUAUAUCGCUAAGCUCUGAAACAUCCGAAGACUCGAUUUUGGAAGAAGAGACAUGUACCGACAUUGAAGAUAUACCUGAUAAGAGCGUUAAACCUGUAAUAAAACUAGAAGAACUCAAUAAGAAUAUUUCCAUUGAAAACAAUGAUUGCCAAAACCAUAAAACACUUCUCCUACUCAAAUAUUUCGUCAAAGAUGUCAACUGGUACUUUUUCAUUUUUAUAUUCCUGUUGUUUUCGUUAAUACAAACGUUGCUAUCUUUCACUGAUAUGUUCGUUAGCAGUUGGGUUAAUUUCGAAGAGCAGAAGAAUGUUUCAGGACAUAAAGUAGUCUCGAAGACGUUCCAUAUUUCCUUUCCAGUCUUAGAAACAAGACUAUACCAUUAUGUUUAUGGUGGUUUGAUAGCUUUGAUAGGAAUGUGUAACUUGUUGAGGUCGGUACUUUUUGUGAAUUUCUUUACUGGUAACUCUAGGCGACUGCACGACAAUAUGUUUGCUAAAGUCGUAAGAGCCUCAAUGGAAUUCUUUGAUAGUACUUCUUCUGGUCAGAUACUGAACAGGUUUUCUAAAGAUAUGCAAGCGAAUGAUGAGUUCCUACCAAGAACCAUAAUGGAAGCACUCAUGUUUGUCAACACUCUUUUAGCUGCCAUAAUAAUUGUAAUCUUGCUGAAUCCUUACAUAAUCAUAUUGGUGGCCCUGAUGAGCAUGUUAUUCAUUUUGAUUGCGUUUUUCUUCAUGAGAACUUCCAAGAACAUAAAAGAAGUGGAAAGUUCUUUAAUGAGUCCUAUCAUAUCUCAUCUGAAUGAAACCAUGCAAGGAUUGAUAACUAUCAGGGGUUUAGGAGCACAGAAAAUUGCCGAAGACAAAUUUGGACAAUGUUUGGACAGAUAUACCAGCAGCUGGUAUAUGAUGUCAGUUGCUUUCGCAGCUUUUGGAUUUUACAUUGAAUUCGUGAGUUUUCUGUUUAUAACUGCAGUCACUUUGAGUCUCAUAGCUAUUGGAAAGGAUAUUGGUCUUACGGCUAGUGAAGUUGGUUUGGCUAUCACACAAUCCAUCAUUUUGAGUGCUAUAGUUCAAUAUGGAGUGCUUAACUGCGCACAGAUAAAUAAUUUAUUGGUGUCAAUAAGCAGGAUACUAGAAUACAAUACAAUUCCACAAGAGGAAGAAACUACAACUGAUACCAUAAAACCUCCUGAUACUUGGCCUGAAAAAGGACAGAUAAUUUUCGAGGAUGUAGGACUGAGAUAUUCAAUAUGUAAGCCUCCGGUACUGAAGGAUUUGACGUUCACUAUAAAUGCUUGUGAGAAGAUUGGUAUAGUUGGUCGAACUGGAGCUGGUAAAUCUUCUCUUAUAUGUGCACUCUUCCGGAUGGCAAAAAUAAGUGGGAAAGUUGAAAUCGACGGUUUCGAAACCGGAAGUAUACCACUUCAAAGCCUCAGAUCGAAAAUAUCUAUCAUACCACAAGACCCAGUCCUUUUCAAUGGUACCUUACGUUACAACCUUGAUCCAUUCAACGAACAUGAUGAUCAUGUUUUGUAUGAGGCCUUGAAAGCAGUAGAACUCAAUUCUAACUCCAGACAAGUGAGGAAGCUGAGUGCUAGGGUAAAAGACAGGGGUGCAAAUUACAGCGUAGGUCAACGUCAGCUCAUUUGUCUUGCUAGAGCGAUUGUAAGGAAGAACAAGAUAGUUAUUCUAGACGAGGCAACUGCAAAUGUUGACUCCCAGACCGAUCUAGCAAUCGAAAUAACGAUGAAAAAACAAUUUUCUGAUUGUACAGUACUUACUGUGGCACAUCGAUUAAGCACUGUGAUGAAUUCGGACAAGAUUCUGGUUAUGGAUGCUGGAGAGCUUGUAGAAAUAGGACAUCCCUACGUUCUCCUUAGUGAUGUAACAGGAAAAUUUUAUUCCAUGGUUGCUCAGACUGGAUCUUCAAUGGCUGAACAUUUGAAGGAUAUAGCUUUCAAAAACUAUCAGGAGAAAAUGAAAGAGAAACCAACUCAGAGGUUGAUAGAAAAAUGAUGAAUAUUUUUGUUUGACCUCCACAAAGAAAUGGAUAAGGAAAUAUUCAAAAUGAAUAUAUCUAUAAUGAAAUAUUGUAAACUGUGAUAAAUAUUUGUAUGAUAUGGAAAUUCUUUGAUACAUCGAUAUUGCUGACUUAAAGAUAUAUAGAAUUGAUUUUAAUCAUUAAUAAGAUUGCUUUGUGAUUAUUUGUCAAUAUGUUAUAAUAAAUGUUAUGUUGAUUUUUAAAA